AUGGCUGGCUCCAAGAAUUCCGACUCGACGAAGAAAGAAGACCCUCAAAAAGAUGGAGAGAUCAUUGGAAUAUGCGACCAAUAUACCCUAGAGGAAGAGAAGGCAGUUCUUCGCAAAAUCGACAGGGUCAUUUUACCAUUUAUGUGUUUUGUCUUCUUUCUGCAGUAUCUUGACAAACAAAGCUUGAGCUAUGCUGCUGUAUUCGGUCUCACCCAGGACCUUAACAUGACCAACUCGCAAUAUUCUUGGUCCAGCUCCAUCUUCUACGUUGGUCAGCUUGUCUCGGAAUAUCCCUUCAUUUACUUGAUGAGUCGGCUGCCACUCACCAAGUUUGUCGGCGCGACAGUCAUUAUCUGGGGAAUAGUUUGCAUGUGCCUAGCGGCUCCUCAGAACUUCGCUGGCUUUGCUACCGUUCGCUUUCUUUUAGGCUUCAGCGAGGGAGCCGUAUCUCCUUCUUUCGUCACCAUCACCAGUAUCUGGUACCGCAAGAAGGAACAUACUCUCCGAACAGCUAUAUGGAUCACAAUGAACGGAAUAGCUCAAGUCAUUGGGUGCUUGCUAAUGUACGGCAUUGGCAAAAAUACGUCCCUCUCAAUCGCCCCCUGGCGCGUCCUAUUUCUCAUCUGCGGUGCUUUGACCAUUGUGGCUGGCAUCGGCUUCUUUUUACUGAUGCCCAACGGACCAAAAGAUGCAUGGUUUCUCAAUGCGCGUGAAAAGGAGAUUUUAUCCCUUCGCAUGGCCGAGGAUCGCGAUGGUGGCGACAAAACAUCGUUUUCCAUAUCGCAACUGAAAGAAACACUCAUGGACCCCAAAGCGUGGAUGGUUUUCUGGUUUGGCGUACUUGUGACUAUGCAAUCUCCAGUGUUGACCUUUGCAUCGCUCAUGAUUCAGUCCAUCGGCUAUAGCAAACUGGACACUAUGCUAUAUACUGCGCCUUCUGGGGCGGUUCAAGUUACCUUAUUGUGGAUUGGGACCGCACUUGUCUUCUUCCUCCCGCGUCAGCGCACUAUUGUCAUCUUGAUUCUUAUCAUCCCGCCAUUUAUUGGAACGUUGUUUCUUUAUAAACUUGAUACGAGCGCAGGAUGGGGCCUGAUUGUGGCUUCCUGGCUGGCUUCCUGUGUCACAGCAACCAUGUCAAUUCUCCUCUCCCUUUCCGCUUCAAAUGUCAAAGGCAACACUAAAAGAGCCGUUGUCAACACCAUGUUUUUCAUCGGAUACUGUGCUGGUUGCAUUGGCGCCCCUCAGCUAUGGACCCACAAACCACGCUAUACUGAAGGUGUUAUUACGUCAAUCGUGACGUGGUGUCUACUAUUUGUGGCUGUCAUUAUCUACCGUCUCUUUUGUGUGGCAGAUAACAAGAAGCGUGAUGCACAUGCUUCUGCUGGCACCCUCGAUGUGAUGGAAGAUUUUGAUUUGGAUGAAAACGGUUUGCCCAAGACUGACUUGACAGAUAAGCAGGACAAGGCUUUCAGGUAUUCUAUUUGA